AAGCAGGGUUCUUGAGCAACUAGAUAGGGCAGAAGAGAAUGGGGAGCCGCGGCCGUCCUGGUCAGCUGCGCGUCCAAGCCUGCUUCAAAUGCAAGAGAAAGGGGCAUAUGGCGUGGGAGUGUGAAGAGGGCGUGAUUUGUAGCAAAUGUAAAGAGAAAGGGCAUCACCAGCGAAACUGCAAGAACGUUACCUGUCACAAGUGUAAGAGGAAGGGCCAUACCUCGAAUUUCUGCAAUGAUCCAGACGUAAGGAAUCACAUUUACAGGCAAGGGAAGCGGAGAAGAUGGAACUCCAGCUCCAGCUCCAGCUCAAGCUAAGGGAGAAGCGAAAGAGUUCGCAGCAGCGCAAGAGCGACGUUGUCAGUCUCUGGGAUGGACUUGGAGAUGGCAAGAAAAAGAGGAAAUCCUCCGGGGAUGGUGUUGCUACCGCGAUCGCUCCACCCAAGACGAGGAGGACGACGAGUGUGGCAGCUCCCAAGAUCAUCGCUCCCGAGCAGGAGAGCAAGAGCAGAGAUUUUGGCCAAGAACUCAAAGCUGAUCUCCAGCCCAGCUUGGUUUGCUACGAUUUUGACGACGAGAGUGAUUCUCCGGAGUAAGUAAAUGCGCUCUUUUUUCCUGCUGUUUUGUCUCGGGGAAAUUUACAGUGAUUUUCUUUCUUACUUCGCAUUCCUUGUAUAUAAAAAAGUGGUAUGUACGGAAUAUUUAUUCUGUAUGCUUUCGAAAUAAGAAUGUUUGUGAGAUUAUUCGGUUUCUGGGAUAUUCGUUUUAUGGUCAAGCAUAUGCUUUUUCUUGCUCGCGCGAAAAUGGAGAGAGAUAGAUGAGGCUUCUCUUCCGCCGCUCGCGAGGAGCACGAAAGCGAUCGCCAAGAGCUACUCCGGACGCGCCGCCGGAUCCGCCAUCGCAAAGCAUUGGCCUGGACGAGGAAGAUCGCCUUGGGUUCCUCCUGCGAUCAUGCCAGAGCCCCAGAGAUCUCCCCCGCGGCCAGGAGCUGGAGCGAGAGAUCUCGGCCAGCGACUCCCACCGCCACAGCACUUACCUCGCCAAUCUCCUCAUCCAGAUGUACGCCAAGUGUGGCCGCGUCGAUCAGGCGCGCCGGAUCUUCGAUGGCAUCGCCGCCAAGAACAGCUUCUCUCACAAUCUCAUGCUCAGGGCCUACGCGCAGAGCAAUCACAUCGAAGAGAUGGAGCGUGUCUUUGCGAAUAUUGGAAACGGGAAUUCCGUGGGCUGGAACACGAUGAUCGCAGCAUAUGCCAGAACCGGGCAUCUGGACCUUGCGAGAACUUUGUUCGAUCGGAUGGAAAACCGGGACAGCGUAACGUGGAACGCGAUCGUCACGGGCUACGCGAGGCACGGGAGACUCACAGAGGCCAAGAGGUUGUUCGAUGAGAUGAUCGUUCCGGGCGUUGUGGCUUACACCGCGAUGAUCCAAGCGUAUGCCCAAGCCGGGCACUUGCGUGGUGCGAAGAAGCUCUUCGAUUCCAUGCCGCUGGGGAGGAACUCCAUGGCAUGGGUGACAAUGCUCCAGGGAUUCGUGGAGUGCGGCGAGAUGGCGGAUGCCUGGAGCUUGUUUUUGAAGAUCCCCCAGCGGGGAGUGGUGGCGGAGAGCAUCGCGAUCGCAGCGGCAGUGGCGGGCGGAGAUCUGGAUCGAGCAAAGCACGUGUUCUUGGCGAUGCCCGAGAGGAAUCUGGUGGCCUGGACGACGAUGCUGGGCGGGUUUGCGCAGGGGCUGAGUCUCCGUGGCGCCAAGAGACUCUUCGAUCAGAUGCCCGCCUGGGGCGUCGCGAGCUUCAACACGCUGCUGGUGGCGAUGGCGCAGUCCGGGCGGAUCGAGCAGAGUUUGGUACUCUUCUCGGGCUUCCCGGAGCGUGAUCUCGUCUCAUGGACGGCGAUGGUGGCGGCGUAUGCCCACUCGGGGUAUGGCCAGCGAGCUCUUGAGCUCUUCCGGGCUAUGGUGGCCGAGGGGCAUCACCCCGACGCUAUCGCCUUCGUGAGCGUGCUCAACGCGUGCAGCCACAUUGGGAUCGUGGAGGAGGGCGUGCGCUGCUUCACGGCGAUGGUGGCGGACUUUGGAAUCGCCCCGUGGCGCGACCACUUCUCCGCCACGGUGGAUCUCUUCUCGCGCGCCGGGCAGCUCCAAAACGCGCGGGAUCUCAUCGAGACGAUGCCGUUCCUGCCCGACUCGAUCGCCUGGGGCGCGCUGCUGGCCGGCGCGAGGACCCAUCGCCGCCUGGAGUUCGCGGAGCUGGCGGCGGCGCGGGUGGCGGAGCUCGACCCGGAGCGCUCGGCGGCGCCGCUGGUGGCGCUGGCGGGGAUGUACUCCGCCGCCGGGCGGGCCAGCGACGCCGCCAGGAUCCGCGACGUGAUCCGCGAGAGGGGGCUGAGCAAGCUCGCGGGAUUGAGCUGCGUGGAGAUUGGAAGGAGCCUCCACCGCUUCGCCGCCAGCGAUUCGAGCCACCCGAGAAACGAGGAGAUCCGCGCGGAGCUGGAGAGGAUCCAUGAGCUGAUGCGCGAGGAGGGAUACGCGGCGGAUGCGGAGGUGGCGAGCGAGGCGCUCAAGCUCCACAGCGAGAGGAUGGCGGUGGCGCUGGCUCUGAUCGAGGAGCCGUGCUCGCGGGAUACUAUCCGGGUGAUGAAGAACCUGAGAGUGUGCUGCGAUUGCCACACUGCUUUGAAGCUCAUGGCGAAGAUCUCCCAGCGGCGGAUCGUGAAAGCUCCCAUAAGCCUUACCCAAGCCAAACUCCAAGCUCUGUACAUCUCAAUUCCUUUGAGACUGCUGGCAUCGCCAACCAAGAAGCCGAUGAAGCCAAUCACCUUUGGUUCUUCCCUGCUACACUCCAAGACGCUGCUCUGGAGUGGUAUCUCCAAGCCUAGCAUUCUGCACCAGCCAGUGCAUUCUGGGACCUGCUUCGAUCAGCCUUUCUCGGAUUCAUACAGCAAGUUAGUGAGGAACUUAACUACACUUGAUUGCUGCCAAAUGAAAGUUUACAACGUUUUAUCAUCCGGUUUCAGUGACUAG